AUGACUUCCACAGCCUUCUGCUGCUGGGCCGCCCCCGCCGUCGCGAUGUUCUCGUCCAGCAACUGGAUGAAGGCGGCGUUGAUGCCGUUCUUCCCAGCCAGCUCCAGCAGCGCCGCCUUCUUGUCGCGGGCCUGCAGCACCCCCUUCAGGCUCUCCGCAGGGGUCACUGUCUCCGCCAGCUUGGUCUUGACACCCUCCAGUGCCUGCAUCGCGACAUGA